AUGGAAAACUACACCAGGGUCAAAGAACUUAUUUUCCUUGGCCUGACCCAGAGUCCUGAAGUCAGCGUGCUGUUGUUCCUUUUCCUUCUCAUGGUGUAUGUGACAACUCUGCUGGGGAACCUUCUCAUCAUGGUCACCGUGACCUGUGAGCCGCGCCUUCACACCCCCAUGUACUUCUUGCUUAGGAAUUUGUCUGUUGCCGACGUCUGCUUUUCCUCCAUCACUGCACCGAAGGUCUUGGUGGACCUUCUCUCAGACAGGAAGAGCAUCUCCUUCAAUGGCUGCCUCACUCAGAUGUUCUUCUUCCACCUUAUUGGAGGAGUGGAUGUGAUUUCUCUGUCAGUGAUGGCUCUAGAUCGAUAUGUGGCCAUCUCUAAGCCCCUCCAUUAUGUGACCAUCAUGAAUGAUUUCCCACCAUGCUGUCAAUUAACAACAGGNNNNCUGGUCCUGGGAUCCCUUCUGUCACUGACACUAACUAUUUUAAUCUUCAAUCUCCCAUUCUGCCACAACAACGAGAUCUAUCACUUCUACUGUGACAUGCCUGCAGUCAUGCGCCUGGCUUGUGCAGACACACAUGUUCACAGGACCGCCCUGUAUAUCAUCAGCUUCAUCGUCCUGAGCAUCCCCCUGUCUCUGAUCUCCAUCUCCUAUGUCUUCAUCAUCACAACCAUUUUACAGAUCCGGUCUGCUGAAGGGCGACAUCGAGCCUUCUCUACCUGCUCUUCCCACAUCAUAGUGGUCCUCCUGCAGUAUGGCUGCACCAGUUUUAUAUAUUUGUCUCCCAGUUCCAGCUACUCUCCUGAGAUGGGCCGAAUGGUGUCUGUGGUCUACACUUUUAUCACACCCAUUUUAAACCCUUUGGUCUACAGUAUGAGGAACAAGGAACUGAAAGAUGCUCUAAAGAAGGCCUUGAGAAAGUUCUAG